UGCACACGUUAAACCGGUUCAGUGUCAGUGCGUGAACCGUGCAAACACUCUCGUCGGGAUUUCCGUUUUGCAGGAUUUUUGGGGGAAUCACGCGCGUGCAGCCGCUUCGCUUUGCGGCUCCGCCCGGUGUGCGGUGCGGUGCGGUGCGGGCUCAUAUCUGAGAGUUUUAUUGGAUUGAGCGACUGGCAGCGGCGGGAGAGGACUGGUGUUGCCCCUCGCAGGACAAAGAAACGGGGGGAAAUUAAGGAAGACAUACAAGAGUGGUGAAGACAGGAGUGAAAAUGGAUAACUGUCUCCUCACACUCGCCUUUGGUUUUUUAAUGAUCGGUGGGUGCUUGGCCCGGGUGGUGACGGUGUCUCCUGGUCCAUUGAUCCGUGUGGAGGGGGAGCCGGUCUCCAUCAGAUGUGACGUCAAUGAUUACAGUGGACCUCGUGAGCAGGAUUUCGAGUGGUCGAUGUCCAGGGAGUCCAGCGGGCCGAAGACAAAGAUAAUCUCCACCUUUGAUGCAGGCUACUCCCACCCGUCGCUCAGCAAACGCGUCGCUUCUGGUGACAUCUCGGUGAUGCGUCUGCAGGACAACGAGGCAGAGCUGAAGAUAGCGGAGGUGAAGGUGAUGGAUGCCGGCCUCUACUGGUGUCAAACGCCGAGCACCGACUCUGUCAUCAGCGGCAACUACGAGGCUCAGGUCCAACUCACUGUCAUCCCAAACACCCUCAGGGUCUCCCCUGUGACCCCGCCCCCAGCCAUCCCAGAAGGAAGUGACCUCACGCUUUCCUGCAACGUCACCCGGCAGCUCACCCACCCCACCUACCUGUCCGUCACCUGGUCGGUGAAGAGGGGAGCAACAUCGGAGGAGAUUUUGACAUUUGGCCCUCAGGGAGACGUGAUUACAGGGGCAAAGUUUUCCAGGCGCUAUGCUGACGGAGGUAUCCGAUUGGUUCCCGGGAGGAAUGGGGUGUUUGAAUUGGUGAUUUCCAAAGUGACGACAUCUGACGAAGGGAUUUAUGAAUGCAAUGGAACUGAGUGGACGCAUGAAAAUGGAGGAAAAUGGAUAAAAAUUGUAGAGAGCACAAAGGAGAUGGGAACUGUUGCUGUUACUCCUACAGGUCAGUCCCUCAGUGUGAAGGCUUCCUCCUCCUCCCCUCCCUCCUCUGCAUCUCUGCUCCUCUCCCCCGGUGAGACGCUGACCCUCCUCUGCUCCGUUGCCGCCGACAACCUGCCCGCCCUCGCCCUGGAAGUAACCUGGCUGGCCGAUGGCCGUGAUAUCGUCACCAUGGAGCGUGGCGGGGUGGUGAUCUCGAACACGUCCUCGAGCGGUGCGCAGGGGAAACGAGGGGAGGCGAGCCUGGAGCGGACAGGAUCUGGAGAGUACAGGCUGGCGGUGAGGGGGGUGAGCGGGGAGGACGGAGGGGCGUACGCCUGCCGCAUCCGAGCCUUCAUCGAGAAGGGAGGAAGGAGCUCGGGAGGAGGAGGGAGGUGGCACAUGGCAGCAGAGAAAACAUCCAGCCCUGUGACGGUGAAGGUGGCACAGAUCAAGCCGAGCUUCACAGUGACCCUGGAUGCUGUCCUGAACCCGCAGAUGACGGCUGAACCCACAGAGCUGGCAUGUCAUGUGACCAACAUAACCCAUUUACCACUGGGAGGCCGACUGGGUGUCACCUGGGAGUACACCACACUUCCUGGUAUCGGGGACGAUCCUCAGACCUCACAUCCCAUUGGCUCCUUGGACAGCCAUGGCAACCUGUUGCCAGGAGCAACGUAUUCUGAGCGGCUGAAGACAGGCGUGAUGUCUCUGUCCAGAGUCCAGCCCAACACUUUCAAACUGCGAUUUCUACGCACUCAGGAGAUCGACAUGGGCCAGUAUGUCUGCACUGUGUCUGCGUGGAGUGUGAACAGCCAGGGCGACGUGGUGAACACAGCUGAGUACCAGAGCUCGCCGCUGACUGUACGCUGGGAUACAAAACGUCCCACUCUGAACAUCGUCGCCAAACGCAUCCGUGAAGCUGCAGUGGGCGGGGCUACCUUUGAGAUGAGCUGCACCUUGUCCACUGAGAACCUUGGUGUGGCAGGUUACUCCGUGCUCAUCCAGUCACAGGAGAACCUUGAGAGUAACGUGAAAACCAUCAUGACACUGAGCCCGGACAGCGUCAUGCAGCACGGAGGAGCCACAGACCCCAACAGGAGAGACAGUCUGGUUCUGACAAAGUUCGGUCCGGCAGAGUUUCGGUUUCGCCUGUCAGGCGUCCAGCUGUCUGACAGAGGUUUCUACUGGUGUGACAUCACGGCGUGGACCAAACAGCAGCCAGGACAAGCCUGGACCAGAGCCACCAGGGCUGAGUCCAACAAAGUCAAGAUCGACUUUCAGGAAAAUGGCCCGUCCUUCUCCGUCGCCAUCCAAUCAGACACCACCAGUGUGUAUCCGUGGGAAACCGCCAAGAUGGAGUGCUCGCUCAGGGUCUCCGGAUCCUCCCCGAAGACUGGCACAAACACAGAUGACCUGGCGUACGAGGUGCGUUGGUUUUUCACCAGGCUCCGCGGAGGAGAGACAACGACCCAGGUGGCCAGCGUGGACCGCUUCGGCGUUGUGAGGAAAGACACACGCAACUCGUCCAGUGACGUUUCGAUAGAGCGGAAAGACACACACACAUACAUGCUGAACAUUCAUGGCACUCAAGACAGUGACAGCGGUGAGUAUCAUUGCAUCGCCACUCCCUGGUACCUGUCAGCCUCAACGGGAGCCUGGACUCAAGCUGCAGAGCUGACGUCAUCCCGAGUCUUCCUUACAGUCAAAUUUGCAGUGUGGGAGUCCCUAAAGUUGCCCCUCUUAUACGGAGUAGCAGCCUCAAUAGGUGUGGGCCUCUUCUCUCUGGUCCUGGGUCUGGUUUGCGCUCAGUGCUGCUGCCGCAACACCACACACACUCCACGCUCACGCAACAAACUGAUGGACCUGGAGAUGGACUGACAAACACUUUCCCCCGCACCCACACACUGCAGCGCUCACAGGAAACACCACCAUACACACAACAGACACACGCCCGUAGACGAUUUCUGGGACACCCAGUUGUUUCCAUGCGACGGACGUUGGGAGUAAAAUGUAUCGCUUUGGAAACAGAAGCCUGACUUGUCUAUCACAGUGCUUCACGAGGUGCUCAGGGUUGCUCGGCUCUGCAGUGGAGGAGCAGGGGACUUUUAUAAGCACCAAUGAGACUUCUUUGAAGACCCAUUGAAAUCUGUGGCGCUUCCAGUGAAUUUUACAGAUAGAUUUGCUCCCCGUUAGUAUUACAAGAAGCUCUGAAGAGUUUAAUUUUUGAGGAACAUUUGGCCUCUGAGACAUCACUGCCACUUGGGAAUAAAGGACCACGAAACAGAUCUGCUGCCUCUGUAACCACUAGGGAUAACAUAUGGAGCGCUCAGGCUGGACUACUUUUUUUUUUUGUCUGACGCCAAGAUUCGAGUCUCACAGAGGAGUGGCACACCUCGCACCUUGAUGAAUUUGCUUUUUUGCGGAAGCGUGGAAAAUUCAAGGGGUGGUUGGUGUUGGAGAGACGAAAAUAUUGCUGUUUAGUCACAUGGGUAAAGUAAUUUUGUAUUUGCAGCGACUGUGGAUUUAGACAGCCUGAGCCUUAUUCCCGUCACGUUCGUACGGGCAGCAGAAGUCCUAGAAAGUGCUCUGCGUGCUUUCCACACGAGAGGUAUUGCACUACCACCCCAGAGUAUUCCUACCUUAACAAAAAGGACAAUAUUUACUUUUAUUCUCUAGUUUUUUGAAAAUUAAGAGAUUUUAAAAAUGAGAGACAUUUUUAAGCUUUACACAGAGAUAUGCAGUCAGUGUGUUUGUGUGUGAGAUAUACUGUACGUGGUGCCAAUAUUUGAACUGUCGGAGGUGUGCUUGGUUCAUAUCACCAGAUCAACACUUGAACAGCCACUCAAAGUGGCGACAGCAAGCACUCUGCUUUUCUAGAUAUUCCGAAAUGUAUCCUGCUGUUAUUUUGCCAGUCUCGUGUGUGUUGGUGUGAGUGCUGUGCUACAGUAUGUGAGACAAAGAGUUGCAUGUACUGUUUUAUAACAACAGACUGGUGAGCAACACAAGCCUUUCCUGGGUUACAUUUUGAUGACGUCAAGUCUUCUACAUCCAGAUUUUUCAAACUCGCUGUCACCAAUCGAGACUCUUGUGUGCAACAUGAGUCUGUGUCGGCUCUGGUGCAAGAAACUAUUCAUGUUUUGAUCAGGAAAAUCAUGCAUGUUUCUCAGUUUUGCUUUUUUAAAGGAAAAGUUAAAUAUUUUGGGAGCUACAUUCAUUUGCUUUCUUUCCACAAUUAGAGGAUGUAUAGCAAUCUCACCUCUGUGCAUUAAGUACAGAGCCUAGCCUAGUCAACCAUGCUCUGCCUCAGUGCACAGACACAAAUUUCAUGUCAAUCCUUUUCUAAAAAAGGAAGCCAAUAAGUUUAGUUCCCAAAAUGUUAAACCGAUCUUUUAAACAUCACGGGAGAUUAGUGAGUUUAAGGGGUAGGUGACACUUUUGUAAAUCCUCUUGAUGUCACUUUCGGUUUAGCUAGUCUAACAGUUCUUCAUGUUUUUAGUUUUAAAGGUCUAGUUUGUAGGAUUUAGUGGUGAGUUUGCAGAACUGAAACUUCUGUGUGCCAAGCUUUUAUGAGAGUUAUGAUGGCUGACGUGAAAACACAAAGGACCUGUCUAGAGCCAGUAUUUGGGUUGUCCAUUCUGGGCUAUUGUAGAACAAUGUUGCGGACUCCACCAUGGGAGAGGUCAUGCUUUGAACGUAGAUAUAAACAGGUUAUUCCAAGGUUACGAAAACAGGAUUUUCUUUUCUGGUGAUUCUAAACUCCUGAAAACAUAGUUCUGAAUAUUGUAUACCAUUUCUUCCAAUAGAUGCCCCUAAAUCCUACACACUGGACCUUUGAAUUUUGCUAGUAAACUAGAAACAUGAUCAGAAAACUUAAAAGUUUCAGAGAUUUUAAUUCUAAUAUUUGAUACAGCCCUUUCUAAAUAUUUUGAGAUAUUUUAUUUCUGCUCUUUCAGAAAAAAGUCUUACUUUGCACUUAAAAGCUAAAACUGAAAAUCAUAUCUGCAGAACAAAAAACAGCUGAUCAUGAAAUUUCAGCUGUCAGCGACACAUGUCAGCUGUGUUUUUAUAGCAAAUGAAUGAAUCCUAUCACGUUGACUGCUGUGUGAACGCACACUCACAGCUCCAGCAACAACACACAAAGUGAGGGAACUUGUGUCCAAACCCAGCAGGACCCAAACAGACCUGUUAGGUUUGUAAUAAGAUGCGCCAGGCUGUGUUUCCUCCUUCACUCACUGGGCUCGGACAACGCUUUGUUUGAUGUUUUUAAAUAAUUUUAAGAGGUAUUUUAAGCAACUAUCUGAAGUUUAUGAGCAAUAUCAGACUGUAGUCAGGUCUCUCAGCUCAAGUAGAGCUGUACUCGGGACAUAUUUUUCACCCUUAGUUUGAAAGAUUGGAUACUACAUAUUUAAACCAUGCAUCUGUCGCCUGCUCUGCUCUGACUUUGUGCACAACCGCCUCUAAUUUGGCCUGGCCAGGCAGCCUGUGCUGAACUUUAACAAUUAUUCAAUCAGAACACAAUCCAUAAUCCCAAAUCCAAUAAUAAUUGUCACUGAUGACACUCAAAGAGUUUAUUUCAAAGCUUCAGGAAACACCAGACAGACCUGUACACAUGUUGCCAUCAUGUUCCAAUUAUAUUUUUCUUCAGUUCAGGACACUGAGGGGUUAAACUGAAAACCACUUUUUAGAAAUGUUAAUACAAUAUGUGUGUUUUGGUGUGAUUGACGGUGACAGUUACUUCAAAAACUUCAGCACGUCUCCAUAAACCCUCUCCACAGGUGUGUGUGUGCCUCUCUGUGAUAGAGCUGUUGCAGUUUUCAAACUGGGUUUUACCACUAUCACACACACACACACACACACACACACACACACACACACACACACUCACACAGUCACAGUAUUGGAGCACACAGGUAAAUAAUUGGGCUCUGUGCCAAAUGCUCUUAACGGUAAACAACACACACACACGUAGCAUUGAUACACACCUCUCAACAUGUCACUGCAAGGUUUCCCCAGUGUCCUUUUAGUUUGUCAUUUUAUUGCAAUGAUGAAUCAUGAUGUUUUUUUUUAAAUAAAUAGAUUUGUAAGAUGUA